CAACUCAGCAAACUGUGUUUUGUUUGGAUGUUUUCCAAAUCAAAAAUCGCCUUUUUCUCUCAGAAUUGAAUGUGACUUUGGAACGUGAUGGAAGAUAAGUUGCAACAAACUGUAGCUCGUAUGGUACUCACCUAUCUGUACGACUCGAACAUGGCUGAUGUGGGAGAACAGUUUUGGGCGAAAAAUCGGUAUCUUCCAAAAACUGUACCACCCAUUGUGCUGUCCCACAUGACUUCGAUUGGCCGGCUUAUGACGAUUGUUAAAGAGUUUUUGGAGGUGACUAGUAUACUUAACGAAUUUUCGAGAACCUACAUGGAUCAUGGAUUUCAAAAAAGUUACGAAACAGUUGAGAAAGUUACGUUUUUGGUGGACAUGUGCAAAUCGUUACUAUCUAUCAUCCCAUGCGAAUCCGUGCAAUAUGUUGCACCGUCUGCGGAUGCACCGUCGAAUGCUGACCCAGAGAACAAUUCGGUAAUUGUGAUGGUGGAUGAGGGAAUAGUAGAUUUUAAUGAUGCACCAGUUCAGUCGGAGUUGGUUACGAUCGAAGUACCUUACGAUGCCGCACCACAGGAGUACGUUAUGAAUCAGGACGAACUAAAAGAAAAUAUUAGGCCCAGCACAUUUGAAACUGUUUGCCUUACGGAAACAAUCGGAGUACCGGAAGAAAGCAUAACGAAUGCAACCGUCGAAUCCGUACCUAAUGUUACUAUCGAACAGAAUGUUGCAUCGUCAUCGACCAAGGCUGUCGACAGCAAGGAAUAUGUGCCAACCCAAAUCAAUAACCAACAAGUCGCUACACGCACGAGACUCGUUCCAUCACGCAUCAUCCAGAAACGGCCUUCAAUUGACAGAAAAAUGAAGCGUACAAAAUCACUAAAACGGCCUAUUCGGGAACAGCCAUCUUCAUCAAUGGUUUCAUCCAGGAAUGCUGCUACCUCAAUCGAGCCACCAAAUAUUGUGGAAUCAACGGAUACGUGUGCUGGUUAUGAAUCUUCUUCGUCAUCGACAGCAUCAUCGAUAAAUUCAGAAUCAGACGAAGGCAUCAGGCAGAUGACCAGUACGUUGCAAAGACAACGCCUUUACCGCAAAGCAUACAAAAAGCGUUCCAAAAAACACCCAUUUGCAGAGAAGGCCAAUAGCAUAGCGUCCCUUCAACAAUGUCAAGUAUUAAGGCUUCCGCAAUUGCCGCCAGUAGAAAAGCCGGAUGCUACAACUGACGAACUUCCACAGCAAGCAGACGUUGGGGAGGACACUAUUUCUGCGGUUUUGGCACACAUUUACGGAGAAUAGUGUUUAGUCGGUCGGACUACGUAAGAAUAGUCGACAUCAAUUAUUUGGAAGUUCAUUACUGUAUAUUAUCGAAAUAAAC